CCGGAGGAGCCGGUGACCCUUGGGGCACAAGAAUCCUCUCUGCCCCUCUUGGCGAGGCGUAUGUCAUCGAGGGGAGACGGCCCUACCUGCUCGGCUCCUCUCUCCCCUCCCCAAGGCGCACCUUACUACCUGGGUGAGGCCGCCAUGGAUCGGAUGAAGAAGAUCAAGCGGCAACUGUCCAUGACCCUGCGUGGCGGCCGCACGGCCGACAGGAAUAGCGGUACGGAGCAGAUCAACGUCGAGGAGAGUAACAGCAGUGACAAUGGCCCCAGCCCUAAGGGGUGGAAGGGUCCCCCUCCAACCUCCCACAGCCUGCCCGUCCUGCACCCUCCCCCCCGGGCAUCUCGCAGCCUGCCCGCCCUGCGCCCACCUCCCCGGGCCACCCACAGCCUGCCCGCCCUCCACCCGCCCCCCCGGGCCCUGCGUCUGCCUCCACCACCGCCCGCCCGCCGGCCCCGAGCCAGCCGGGGCCUCAGCUCCACCUUGGACCACUGCUCCCGACUAGAGAUCGUGCACGAGGACCUGAAGAUGGGCUCGGACGGAGAGAGCGACCAGGCCUCCGCCACCUCUUCGGACGAGGUUCAGUCUCCGGUGCGGGUCCGCAUGCGCAACCACCCUGCCCGCAAGAUCUCCACCGAGGACAUCAACAAGCGCCUGUCGCUGCCGGCUGACAUCCGGCUGCCCGAGGGCUACUUGGAGAAGCUGACGCUCAACAGCCCGCUCUUCGACAAGCCCCUGAGCCGCCGGCUCCGCCGGGUCUCCCUGUCGGAGAUUGGCUUCGGGAAGCUGGAGACCUAUGUGAAGCUGGACAAGCUGGGGGAGGGCACCUAUGCCACCGUGUACAAGGGUAAGAGCAAGUUGACCGACAACCUGGUGGCUUUGAAAGAGAUCCGGUUGGAGCACGAGGAGGGGGCACCCUGCACCGCCAUCCGGGAAGUGUCGCUGCUGAAGGACCUGAAGCACGCCAACAUUGUCACGCUGCAUGACAUCAUUCACACUGACAAGUCCCUCACCCUUGUCUUUGAAUAUUUGGACAAGGAUCUGAAGCAGUAUCUAGAUGACUGCGGGAACAUCAUCAAUAUGCACAAUGUGAAGCUGUUCCUGUUCCAGCUGCUCCGAGGGUUGGCGUACUGCCAUAGGCAAAAGGUGCUGCACCGGGAUCUCAAGCCGCAGAACCUGCUCAUCAAUGAACGCGGGGAGCUGAAACUGGCCGACUUCGGUCUGGCCCGAGCCAAGUCCAUCCCAACCAAAACGUACUCGAACGAGGUGGUGACGCUAUGGUACCGACCCCCCGACAUCCUGCUUGGCUCCACGGACUACUCCACCCAGAUCGAUAUGUGGGGCGUAGGCUGCAUCUUCUACGAGAUGUCCACGGGCCGCCCUCUUUUCCCUGGCUCCACCGUGGAAGAGCAGCUGCAUUUUAUUUUCCGGAUCCUGGGCACCCCCACCGAGGAGACCUGGCCGGGGAUCCUGUCCAACGAGGAGUUCAAGACCUACAACUACCCCAAGUACCGGCCCGAAGCCUUGUUGAGUCACGCCCCCCGGUUGGACAAUGACGGGGCCGACCUCUUAGCCAAAUUGCUGCAGUUUGAAGGUCGGAAUCGGAUCUCCGCAGAGGACGCCAUGGGUCACCAGUUCUUCCACAGUUUGGGGGAGCGAGUCCUCAAACUUCCCGACACUACUUCCAUAUUUGCACUAAAGGAGAUUCAGUUACAGAAGGAGAUGGGCCUCCGCUCAGCCUCGCUCCCUGACUCAGGCAGGUCAGCCUUCCGUGUGGUGGACACCGAGUUCUAGGCCUCUCGCCUCCCUGCCCCCUCUCCCCUUCAGCGGGGAAAGUUGCCGGACAGAACGGCCGGGCCGGCCUCCCGCUCUGAGGCCAGAGCACCCUCUCCUCCCCUCCCGUCCCCUCCUCCCCGCCACGGCCAUCCACGUGAACUGUAGGGCCAGCUGGGGGUCGCGGGCCCGUGACGGUGUAUCGGACCCAGCCCGGGACAGAGUCCGGCCUGGCCCGGCACUGGCAGGAGGACCCCACCCGGCUCAAGAGACAAGCCCAACUUGGGCCAGACCUCCCUGUGCUGGUUUUUCAUCCCUUGGUUUGUUUUGGGGUUUUUUUUUUUGUUGGGGGUUUUUCUUUUUCAUUGUUGUUGUUUUGGUUUUUUUUUUAAUUUUGGAUGAUUUUAUUUUUUAAAUGCAAUAUCUCUAUCUUUAAAAGACUGGCCGUGCAGCCUCACCGCCCCACGGUCCCUCACCACAGUAUUACGUGCAAUGAAUGCCCCGUUGGCUCAGCUGCUAAGGGGGCGGGAUGUUCCCUUUCCCUCUUGGGUUAGCCAAUCAAAGGUGAUGGCAGACUGCUCCCCGGGUCGAGAGGGGAUCCGAGUUCUUCCCUCCCCGGGUACGGGAGUGCAGGGAAUGGAGUCCCCGGGACCUCGAUGUGUGAGGUUCCCCGGGUGGUUUGUUUCCCUGGGCAUCUUGUGCCCCCGGACGUGGCGCCGCUGCCCUCCGGGGCUUGGCUCCCCAGGUCUGGGAUACGCCCCUCUCACCUGCAGGAGAGCGAGAGGGGGGACCACUCCCGUUGCCCCAGCCCUGCGGCCCGUCCAUCCCUCCCCCCGCCCUUCCAGCCCACUCUAAGCUCCCUUCCCAACCCAUCAGAGUCAUAGGCGCCCUCCCGCCCUCUCUUACUUUCCCCAACCACCACCCAGGAUAGGGUGUCUGGGGCUGCAGCUGCUCACGGUGUGGAACUGUUGCCAUUCGUGGAGAGGGGUAGGAAGACCAGGGAAAGGAGGCAGGGAGGUGCAGAGGUAUCUCACUCUGUGCCUUUCUCUGCCCUGGGGACAGGAUGGGGAGAAAUCAGCCCUGGAUGAAGUGGAGGAGGCUCAGUCCCUGCUUCCCUCAGGCUCUGGGGGUAGAGGAGAAAUCUGUGCCCCAGGGUCCUCUGUCUCCUUAAACCCCCUUCGGGGCCUCCUUCUCAGGGUCUUCCCAGUCCAGCAACCUCCCUGCCUCCUUUCUCCCUGGUUGGUGCUGAUGCUCAGAGUCCCUCAACCCCUUUGCCUAGGGCUAUUUCCCCCGGCUCCCUCCCUUCCCCCCUCCUCCUCCACCCUAGGGACUGUUGCGGAGCCAUAGUGACAGCGUGGAGUGGCGGAGUGGCGUGGUUCUGGCCCUAGAGUUGGGGGACUGGAAGCUACAAGUGGUGGGAAAAGGCUGAGUGUCCAACGGUUUUCCCCCUCUGCUUUGAGGUGGGGACACCCCUCCUCUCCCCACCUCCUUACACGUGCGUGUGCACGCAUGGACACACACACACACACACACACACACACAAUCCGUGCCUGGGGGCUGGUUCCCCUGUGUCCCUCGCAGUGGGGCAGAGGCUGAAGAGGUUCAGGGACUCAGACCCUCCUGAAGAGUCAGGGGCUCCGGGCUGGUUUCUGCUGUCUCCUUCCCUCUUCCCUCCCCCAGAUUCCUCCCCUUUCCUUCCUCAAGCUCCCAGAGCAUCUCCACCAGCCCUUUGAUGGUUUAAAUCCCCUUUCUGCAAAGCGCCUCCCAUUUCAUCCUUAUCCUGCCCUUCUAGUGGUCAGCAGGGCCCCGGGGCUGGGUCCUGCUCCCCCGCUGCCCCCCUCCCGGGGAGAGUGGGGGGAUGGGUGCUUUUCAGUCCCGCCUCCACGCCCCAAGGGGAGCGGGAGGGACAGUUGCUCUGGUUUCGAUUGGGUUACUGAAUGCGCCAUAUCCGCUGUAUGAAAUAUUAAAGUCUCAAUUCAA